AUGAGACAAACGCAAUGGCUGAGGAGAGCAAGACAAUCAGCAAGCACCUUUUGUCGCUUGCGUCACUUGCGUCCUGAAACGCCUGUGUUUUCGCACAGCUCGUUGUGUGCUCAGAAGCGUCUCUUUGGACAAGAAGCUCAGCCUCCAUGGAUCAUACUAGCUGAAGAGGCCAACCACCAGGAUCUGGCUGCUGAGAGCAUCGCGAAACAUGGCUUUGUGAUUUUGAAAGACUUCUUCGACGCAGAUGAGUUGAAGACUUUGACAGAGCCUGCCACUUCAAAGGCCAAGGAGGUCAUGGGAAUGUUGCAGACAAAGCGUGUCUCUUUGGGGAUUGGUAGCCGUGCGGGAUUUCGAGAAGUGUGUCUUCGAUCCCCAGGCAGAUAUGAUGUCCCCUGCGAAUUUGAAGAAUUUCCAUCACAACUGCUCGAAAGAAUUGAGGGCAUUGCAAGCAAAGUUCUUGCAGAAGGCACGUCCAAAGCGUCUGAUGAUGGCCUUGAACCUCGAGGCCUUGGGAGGGCCUUUGCUGGCCUGGUUCGAGCUCAACCAAGAUCUGAAGCGCAAAUUUGGCACGCGGACUCACCGCAUUCCUUCCCUGAGCAUCGAGCUCCACAUUUGUUGAAUGUUUUAGUGCCCUCAGAGACUGUAACACGAGAGAUGGGACCCACCGAAUUGGUGCCAGGCUCACACUUACUGACCAACCACCUUAAGGAUGGUGCAGCCUUUGGUACAGAGAUCUUGUAUCAAGCUGAAACCAACUCUCCGCAGAAAAUUGGAUCAUCCGAAGAGCCUAUUGCAGCUACUAUGGGUGCAGGUUCAGUACUCAUUUUUGAUGACCGAAUCCUGCAUAGAGGAGGACACAAUCGUGCCAGUUGUGAUCGAGAUGUGGCUUUCUUCAGCUAUCGCAAAGCCGAUUUCUUCCCUUCGACUCACUAUGAGUCGGUUCGCACCUUGAAGACUUAUGACCACACAGCCAUGGCAGCCGCAGUGCGGUCAGAAUUCCCAGGUCUCCGAACGGUCCGAACGCAUGGAAUGCACGGAACGCAUGGAAGACAUGGCAAGGAAGUGCCAGUUUUGGCGGACGGGGCCAGUGGCUCGCAAGUGCAUGAGAGCGUCUUGGAAGCCAUGAUGGAUCAGCUGCGUUUUGGCACGGCCAAUAUCGGCGGCAGCUAUGACUCCAGCCGCCGUGCAGAACAGGCAGUCAGCAGCGCCCGCAGUGCCAUGGCGCAGUUCCUGAACUGUGCCACAGAGGAGAUAGCCUUCGGUCCUAGCAUGACGGCCUUGGUGUACCAUUUGUCGCGGGCUUUUCGGAAUGGCAACGUGUUUGCAGCAGGAGACAACAUUGUUUUGGAUCCCAUUAGCCAUGGUGCCAAUGUCUGGCCCUGGAUCCAACUGGCCAAAUCUCAUGGGGUUGAAGUGCGAUGGCUACCGACUCACCAGGACCUCUCUCGCUGCGCCUUGGAUGCAAACAGAGAUGCCGUCGCAGCGGUCGUGAACGAUCGAACGCGAUUUGUGGCCAUGGGCGCUGCUUCGAACGGAGUGGGAACCGCACACGACAUCACCGGUCUAUGCCACACAGCCCGUCAACUUUCUGAUGGAAAAGCUUGGACUUUUGUUGAUGCUGUCCACUAUGCUCCUCAUGGUCAUUUGGACGUUCAGAGCAUCAGCUGCGACUUCUUAGCGUGCUCUCCCUACAAAUUCUUUGGACCCCAUGCAGGUGUCCUCUACGGGAGACGCGCAACUUUGGAAUCGCUUCCAGCUGAUCGCUUAGACUCUUCAGACAACUCUUUGCCAAGCAUUGAGAACGGGAACAUGUCGCGCUGGGAGUUGGGCACGCAGAACUACGAGGCGCUUGCAGGAGUCACAGCUGCUGUGAAGUAUUUAGCCCAGUUGGGUGAUCGCUUUGGCGGUGCAGAUGUGGAUGCAACCAUGACAGAGCGCAUCGAGACAGGUUUUCGUGCCAUUUGCGCGCACGAGAAUGAGUUGAAACGCCGGAUGCUGGAAGGUCUCCAGAACAUUCCCAACGUGAGCCUGCUUGGUGUUGCAGAUCCUGAAGACGUGCAGCAGCGCACAUCGACUUUUGCAGUGGCCAAGAAGGGUCUCGCUGCACAGGAGCUAGCAGACAAGCUGUGCGAGAGGGGAAUUUGGUGCACUGCUGGAAAUCACUAUGCCGGUUUCUGGGAGAAACACGGUGCUACUGUUGAAGGGAUGACUCGUCUCUCGAUGAGCAGAAAGUCUUCUUUCAGUCAAUCCAGAUGA